AUGUGGGAGGGCUGUGCCGAUGGCGCGCCUUCCAAUGCUCACAGCAACGAGAGGCGCCCACAGCAACAGCCGCAAGAUCUCCAGCAGCAGCAGCAGCAUGAGCAGGAGGAGGGCCAGCAGCAGCGUGGGCAACGAGACCUGAUCAUGUAUAACGGUCUUACCGAUACGCCUUCAAGGGAUGCUGCUGCUGCUGAUCCCGCCACGUCUGCCGCUGCUGAUGCGGCCCUCCCUAGCUGUUCCACGUCUGCUUCAGCGUUGCACUAUCUCCCACCUUUCUGUGAUGGCCGCCUGCAGCAUCAGCCCGUUGAACAGAGAGGCCAGACUAGCGCUGGGCCAUUGGAGGAGGCAAGUGACGAAGAAGCAUCUGCUGCUGCAGCGGCUUCUGCUGCUGCUGCCUCGACAGUCUUAUGUAUGCCGCCUGAUCUGGGGGGAGUUGUGGGGAGCCUGGUGAGCUGGUUUGGCGGGGGGUGGCUAGCAGACAGGUUCAGCAUGAUAAUGCGCGAGAGCUUGCAUAACACGCUGUUGCUGCUGCUACGGCUACAGCGGCAGCAGCUGCUGCGCCGCUUUUGCCCAGACCUGAUGGAACGAUAUACGCACACUUUAAGCAGCGGCCAGUUCAGAGCGGAAAGGCACAGUGUACGUACUGCUGACGGCUACGAGGUCCACUUCUACCGCCUGCGCAGAGUCACUCGCUGCUGCUGCGCAGACGGCUGUGGGUGUGACGUUCUGGGAGGGACCGAAGCAGCAGCUGCACCAGCAGCAGCAGAGGAAGUACCCACAAUAGCAAUAGCUGCAGCUGCCCCUGCCAACGAUACUGUGGCCCCGGGUUCAUAUGGCCCUGUUGCUGCACUUCCAGAAGCAUCAACGCCACCAUCAAUGGCUGGAAGCAGCAGCAGCACCAGCCUGAAUGGGAACUGCAGCGGGCAGGUGUUUGUGUUUGUGCACGGGUUGUUGGAGUCAUCUUUAAAUUGGAUUAGCGGCGGUUUCCUCUCCCUUCCUUUCAUCGUUGCCCAGAGAGGAGGCGAAGUCUGGCUGGUAAAUAGCAGAGGCAAUGAGUACACACGACAGCUCAACACCCAAAAACAACAGGAGCAGCAGCAGCAGGCCACCGACUGUCUGCCAGGGGAGCUGCAGGGAGAAGGUACGAAACCCUCUUACUCUCUAGCAACCCUGCAAGCAUUCAUCGAGGAGCAGCAGCAGCAGUUCUUCAGAGCUCAGGAGCAGCAUCGAACCUGCCCUGGUCAAGAAGAGCAGCAGGAGCAGCAGCAACACGAUGAGGAAGAGGAAUGCUGCUCCAUCGUCUGCUGCCGCUGUAGUGGCUUGACGUCGUAUCCUUCUCUCCGAGGAAAGACCCAAGAAGAACAGAAACACCUGUUGAAGGAGCAGCAGCAACACGAUGAGGAAGAGGAAUGCUGCUCCAUCGUCUGCUGCCGCUGUAGUGGCUUGACUUCGUAUCCUUCUCUCCGAGGAAAGACCCAAGAAGAACAGAAACACCUGUUGAAAGAUGCAUGCAUGCGAGCGUCUGCGUUGUUGCUGGACAUGCACUGGGGCAGCCAAAAACAUGAUAACCUUGUAAACCACAGCUACCAGCAGGAGCAGCAGCAGCAUCAGCAGGGUGACUGCGGCGCCGAAGUGGGUUGGAGCAGCGACUUGCAGAGCAGCAACAACACCAGCGACGGAGGGAGCAACAGCACCAACAGCAGCAACAGCAGCAGCAACAGCAACAGUAGCGACAGCAGCAACAGCACCAACAGCGACAGCAGCAACUGCAACAACAGCAGCAACAGCAACAACAACAACGCCAACAGCAGCAACAGCAACAGCAGCAGCAGCAGCAGCCGGAGUUCGGUCCCCAGGAUUCGCAGGAGCCUGAACAGCAGCAGCCCUCCCUUUGCUUUUUCUGCUGCUUUGGCCUCGGGGUGUUGGUCCUUUGAGGAGAUGGCUCUCUUCGACCUCCCCGCUCAACUCCAAUACAUCGCGCAGAACUCAAGAACCCUGAAUGAGGAGAUGGCUCUCUUCGACCUCCCCGCUCAACUCCAAUACAUCGCGCAGAACUCAAGAACCCUGAACAGACGCAGAGCUGCAAUGCGGACUGCCUCUACAUACAGCACUAGCAACAGCAGCAGCAGCGACAGCAGCGGCAGCAGCAGCAGCGGCAGUAGCAGGAACGCGUUUGGCUGUGGAUUGGUGGCUGUUGGACAGUCCAGCGACAGCAGCAGCAGCAGCAGUAGCAGGAACGCGUUUGGCUGUGGAUUGGUGGCUGUUGGACAGUCGCAAGGGGCGGCGCAGCUGCUGAUAGCGCUUUCUUCUUCUCCUUCUUUGGGGCUGCUGGUGCAGCGUUCAGUCUUGUUUUCUCCUCCCUUGAUCCUGCAGCCGCUGCAGCAACUGCCGUACUCUGCACGAGUGUUGCUGCUGCUAGGGAUGCAACACCCCACGCUGCUGCUGCAGGCGUUGAAAUUCUUUGUUGGCUUCAUCCCCAAGCGGCUGCUGAGUACAGCAGGCAAUGCAAUUGUCGGCUCCGGGAAGAGAGGCGGCAUGCGCUUCUACAACACCCCCCUGCAGCAGCAGCAACUCUUCCUCAACUUCGCCCAUACGCCUUCUGGGGGAACUUCACUGCAGAAUUUUGCUCAUUGGAUGCAACAGAUGAAUAGCGGCGAGCCUUUGUCUUCUUUCUCUUCUCCAAGUUUUGUAUUUUCACCUUCUUCUCUGUUCCCUUCACAUCGUCGAGGUGAAUCCACCCACACCUCGGGGGUGGGGCAGCUGCAAGAGACCACAACGCCUCAGCACAACGAGCAGCAGCAGCAACAGCAGCAGCAGCAGCAACAGCAGGAGCGCUGCCCCUUGCCAGGGGUGGAUGUGAUUCGGGGCCGGUAUCCCCUGGAGAGAAUCACCAGUUGUGUGUAUGCAUUUCUUGGUGCCCACGACAACCUCGUGCAGCCGGGUCAGUACCAACUGCUACACUAUCUUAACGAAACCCUGGCUAAUUAG